CACACACACACACACACACACACACACACACACACACACACACACACACACACGAUUGGUCACUCACGUUUCUUCCCGUUGAUGUGGUCCAGGAAGUUGAUGGAGUCUUUGACGACGCAGUCACAGACGUUACAGUAAUACCUGCAAGAGAAGAAGACACCAUCCAAUCAAAGGGAGGGGGCGUGGCCUACAGAUUGCAGCUAGCGGUGGUGACGUGUGUUCGUACCCGCCCAUUUCCGCCUGCGGGGUCGUCUUGGUGAUGACGAUGGUCUUGCCCAGUUUGGACUCCAGGUCCACCUUGUAGUCACGGUGACGCAGGAGGUCCCGCUUGACCGGCGGCGCCACUUUGCCUGAAACACAAGCGGACCGUUGUGAUGUCACUUCCUAUACCCAAAAGAACCAGGCUGGGAGAAACUCAAACAACAUGGUGGUCCUCACCAUCUCUCCUCUCCCGGUCCUUCUCCUCAGACAGACGCUUCUGGGCCAAGUUCUCGUACUCAUCUUUGUCCCACUUCCUGCGGAAGUCAUUCUUACUGGACUACAGGAGAAGAAGAGUCAGGGGAAACAUAUUAAAGAUGAGUUAGGUCCACGUGUUUUAUUUACAUGUUAUUAAAAGGAAUCUUUUAAAAUAUUGAUCCGUAAAUAUUGAAUGAUGAUGUAUAAACGGAUAAGAUCAGCUGAUGCUCCAGACUAGAGGCUUUUAUUGUGAAACUGAUCCUAGAACAUCUGCUAAACUAAACAGCAUCGGUUAGUGUUGAAAGGCUCUAGAAAACAAGAGCCCCAGAGAACGUCUACGUGAGUACCAGCGUGGUCCUCGGCCCACGGCCCGGUUCUCAGUCACUGUCACUGUUUGUCAUCUGCAUUCUAAGUUAGAUGCGUUUAUUGUGAAGGAAUGCGGCCGGACGUCUAACCGCUAGAGGAGGCUAACAUUAGGCAACUACAUAGAUUAUAAAGAAUAGAACCUAACAGAGACUAACCGUGUAUGAUUUUAGGGGAUUCAUAAAAAAAAAGUUUUAAAAUGAUUUUGACUAAACCGGAAACGUAAACACUUUUGUCUCCGUUCAUGCUAUUAGCUGUUAGCCGAAGGCUAAAGAUCCGUUGCAAAGCAGGUUUCAAACCCGUUUUAAUUAAGUCAGUGUGAACCGGUACCGGGUCAGAGUAACGGACUCAGUUGGACCGGAGUCAGAGUGGCGACACAUUGACGAAGACGUCAUGUUUUAACACUAAACACAGACGCGACCAGGAACUUACCCCGCUGCCGGACGCCAUCUUGUCCUCUCAGUGACGGUUUACGGCCUCUCGCAGUCUUUGUUUAGCGACACAGCGCCGCCUGCUGGGGCGGAGACACGUAGCGGCGACGUCACACGUGAGAGUAAAUCACUUAAAGGUACAUAAAACUGACACAAUGAAUAGAAAGUCCAAUAAACAACAACGGAGAGAGGCUUUUCUGUGUCUCUAACUGUACCUAAAAAUGCUGCUGCAGCAAAGCCAUCUCCUUUGGAGUAACUUUGUGUUUAAUUAACUUUAUGUUAACUAUCGAGAUGUGCUAAUGAUUCCUAAGUAAACAUAUUCACUUUUAACUGAUUUCAUAUUGUAAUUGAGAUAUAUAUAUAUUACAACCUACUCGCCUAAAGGAUCUGGAAGUACUGAGUAAUACAUCAUGUUUAUAUAUUGUACACAAUUGUGAUUCUUAUUUUUUCGACAGCUGCAGUAAGUUAUUUGUAUGUUUAUUAAAAACUUCCCUGUGAAUAAACUUGUCGCUCCUUCUCGUCCGGCGGACCGGAAGCGGCUCAGGUGAGUCUCGCGGCGGCAGUAGGCUCCGCCCCUCAGGUGCGGCUCUUUAAAGAGCCGUGAAGGCGGAACAAUGGCGUCUGCACGCGCCACAGUCAAGGAGCGAUGAUGUCAAGCCGCGGAGUGGAAGCUCACAGCCCAAUGCGCUCCUCCAGCCUCUGCCUCGGCUCGUGGUCAUGUGCGAGGGGCUGGUCGGCCGCCAUGUGGGACGGCCUCCCAGAGCCGCUGCUGACAGCCGCACCUGGAGGCCCCGCCCCCGAGCCCUGGCUCCUCCCCGGCUGCAGCUCUGUCUUCGACAGUCUGGUCAGUAACGUGUCUCCAGCCCCGUCUCCUCCUGCGAUCAGCGGCCUGCGAGGACGUGAGCGAGCUGCCAGCAACAAAGCCUGCAGGCCGUCCAUCCUGGAGCGUUGUAUUCUCAAAGUGUCGACCAGCAGCGUUGCCGUGGGGACGGACGAUCUGGACAACAAGAGGUCCGCUUACUGCUACCCAGUCCUUCCGGACCCGGCCAACACAGAGACCAACGGCGCGGUUCUGAAGCGGCGGCAGAAGCAGAUCCAGUACGGCAAGAACACCAUCGGCUACCAGAACUACCUGCAGCAGGUCCCCAGACACCUGAGGGAUGCUAAGCUCCACCCCUCCACUCCCAACAAGUACCGCAAGUACAGCCGGCGCUCCUGGGACAUGCAGGUGCGUCUGUGGAGGCGAGCGCUUCACCUGUGGGACCCCCUGAGCGACGCCCCCCCCCCGGACGGUGCCAACGUCCAGGACCCGGUGGAGCAGCUACAGAGCCAGCUGGCGAAGAUGACCUCUGACCUGUGUGAGGAUGGAGGAGUCAAGCAGAGAGAGAAGGAGACUCCAGCAGCCUCUAAAGCCUCCUCUGUGUCGUCUGUGGAGCUGCCUGGACCCUGGACCGUCCCACGGUCUCCGGAGGCUGAAAGAAGCUGCAGGACUCCUCGUUCUCCACCUGGGUUCGGCUGCUCUUUCAGGAGGCCCAUGACCACCAGCGACCACAUGACUGACUGGCUCCGCCUCCUGCUUGAGGCGGACGGCGGCCCAGACGUGGGCUCCGAUGACCAGCAGGUCCCCGUGUUCUCCGACCCGCUCUCCUGGACGCCGUACUGAGCGCCGGCUGGAGUGAGAGACCUUUUUUUUUUUUAAGAUGAUGUGUCACGGUUGCUACGAUGACAGCAAGGAAACGACCGGUCCCGAUCCAAGAGGAGGUGCCGCGACCUGAAGAGAACCCGAGAGGAACCUCGUCCUCUCUCAGCUGGACCCCGAGCACGGAGCUCUAGUUCACACGCGUGUUUGUUUGUCCUUGUUGGUGUCACUGCGUCGCCUCUCUGCAGGCCGCCUAUCUUUGUCCACUGUCACUUCCUGCUCCGCCCCCCCCUCCCACUGCUGUCACUUUGUUAUUGAGAGUUUCCUUUUUACUUUUUUGUGUCCCUCAAUUUGUCAUUUUGUGCUGCUCGAGUAUUGGAGCGACGAUGAUUAAUAAAGAUGUAAAUAAAGUGUUAAAGUUCUGGCUGCGUCCGUCUCUCCUUCACCGCUCUGAGAGGCAGCUGCUUAUUGCUCAAAGUAUAUUAAAAAGAAGAAACACUGGCUUGCCUUAAACCCAAGUAUUUUCUAAAGA